UCAUAAUUAUAACCUCCUAAUUACCACCUUCUCUUUUUGUUAGCUAAUCAGUGUUCUCUUCCUCUGGCAUUACUACAGUUAUGCACAGCCCAAAAAGAUAAUUUCCAUUGACAAUUUCCGCUUUUCCAUGUGAGUUUCUUGAGGUUUGCUUUCCCAUUGAUUAAACUCGCUCUCUCUCUCUUUCUUUUGCCUCGUACCUGUCGCAAUCCCUCCAUAACCAUGAAAAUCUUUAAUCCCCUGAGCCCUUGAACUCAGAAGCUAUCCGAUCAUUCAUUCUCAAAUGGCUCAUCAAAUCUUCAAGAUAUCUCUUGUAGUACUAUAUGCUGUGUCGUUUUCUUUCUCUUUGGUGGUUUCUCUAACAGGAGACUCUGAAAUACUUAUCAGAGUCAAGAAUGCUCAACUCGACGACCGGGAUGGUAAGCUCAAUGACUGGGUAGUUUCAAGAACUGACCAUAGUCCUUGUAAGUGGACUGGCGUAACUUGUGAUUCAGUUAAUAAUACAGUCGUUUCUAUCGAUUUAUCUGGGCUUAAUGUUGCUGGUGGAUUCCCAACUGGGUUCUGUCGGAUCCAGACUCUCAAGAACCUGACUCUGGCUGAUAAUUUUUUCAAUGGAAGUUUGACUUCUCGCGCUCUGUCUCCAUGCCAACAUCUUCAUGUCCUGAACCUGUCCGCCAAUAUAUUUGUCGGCGAAUUGCCCGAUUUCCCACCAGAUUUUGCCAAUUUAAGAGUUCUUGAUCUCUCCUGCAAUAAUUUUUCUGGGGAUAUUCCGGCUAGUUUCGGUGCUCUUAAGUCCCUGGAAGUGCUGAUUCUGACUGAGAAUUUGCUUACUGGUUCAAUCCCUGGGUUCUUGGGCAAUCUUAGUGAGUUAACUAGACUAGAGCUUGCUUAUAAUCCAUUCAAGCCAAGCCCUUUGCCAAAGGACAUUGGCAAUUUAACAAAGCUAGAGAAUUUGUUUCUUCCUUCAGUGAAUCUCAAUGGGGAAAUUCCCGAAUCAAUUGGCAGACUAGUUUCCUUGACUAAUCUUGACUUGUCAAGUAAUUUCAUCACUGGAAAAAUUCCUGAUAGCUUUUCAGGAUUGAAAAGCAUACUUCAAAUUGAGCUCUACAACAAUCAACUGUACGGAGAGUUACCUGAAAGUUUAUCGAACUUAAGUACUUUACUUAAGUUUGAUGCCUCGCAGAACAACCUCACUGGAAAUUUGCAUGAAAAGAUAGCAGCUUUGCAACUUCAAUCACUCUUUUUAAACGAUAAUUACUUCAGCGGAGAUGUCCCAGAAGUUUUGGCAUUCAAUCCAAAUUUGUUAGAAUUGCACCUCUUCAACAAUAGCUUUACUGGGAAAUUACCAACGAAUCUUGGCAGGUACUCAGAUUUAUUUGAUUUUGAUGUUUCGACCAAUGAAUUCACCGGAGAACUGCCGCAGUAUCUUUGUCACAGGAAAAAGCUUAAAAAUGUUAUAGCUUUUAAUAAUCAUCUCUCUGGUAAUUUGCCCGAGUCAUUUGGUGAUUGUAGCAGUUUAAGCUAUGUGAGAAUUGCUAAUAAUGAGAUUUCAGGUACAGUAUCAAAUAGUUUAUGGGGUUUGUCUCAUCUUGGUUUUUUUGAAUUAUCCAAUAACAAAUUUGAAGGUCCAAUUUCUACUUCAAUAUCUGGUGCCAAAGGACUCACACGUCUUUUACUCUCCGGUAACAACUUCUCCGGCAAAUUACCAUCUGAAGUUUGCCAGUUGCAUGAGCUUGUGGAGAUCAAUUUGAGCCGUAAUCAAUUCCUUGAUAAGUUGCCGUCAUGUAUAACUGAAUUGAAGAAAGUGCAAAAGCUUGAAAUGCAAGAAAAUAUGUUUUCAGGGGAGAUUCCAAGUUCAGUAAAUUCCUGGAUUUAUUUGACUGAGCUAAACUUAUCAAGAAAUCGACUCUCUGGCAAGAUUCCAUCUGAACUCGGUAGCUUACCGGUUUUGACGAGUCUUGAUCUCGCCGACAACUCGCUUACCGGUGGAGUUCCGGUGGAGUUGACUAAGUUGAAGCUUGUUCAGUUCAAUGUCUCUGAUAAUAACUUGUUUGGGAAAGUUCCUUCAGCUUUUGGUAACGCAUUUUAUUUAUCGGGUUUAAUGGGUAACCCGAAUCUGUGCAGUCCAGAUAUGAAUCCCCUUCCUUCAUGCUCCAAACCCAGACCCAAACCCGCUACUCUGUAUAUUGUGGCCAUUUUAGCCAUUUGUGUGUUGAUUCUUGUUGGUUCUUUGUUGUGGUUCUUCAAAGUCAAGUCUGUAUUUGUGAGAAAACCGAAAAGACUGUAUAAAGUAACUACAUUCCAACGGGUCGGGUUUAAUGAAGAAGAUAUAUUUCCGUGCUUGACAAAAGAGAACCUAAUAGGUUCGGGUGGGUCAGGUCAGGUUUACAAAGUGGAACUCAAAACGGGACAGAUAGUUGCAGCGAAGAGACUAUGGGGAGGAACACAGAAACCUGAAACUGAAAUUGUUUUCAGGUCAGAAGUUGAGACAUUAGGACGAGUUCGGCAUAGCAAUAUUGUAAAAUUGUUAAUGUGUUGCAGUGGAGAGGAAUUCAGAAUUUUGGUCUACGAGUAUAUGGAGAAUGGGAGCUUAGGUGAUGUGCUGCAUGGACAGAAAGGCGGAGGAUUACUGGAUUGGAAAAGCCGGUAUGCAGUGGCUGUUGGGGCCGCACAGGGUUUGGCUUACCUGCAUCAUGAUUGUGUUCCGCCAAUUGUGCAUAGAGAUGUGAAGAGCAAUAAUAUUUUGUUGGACGAUGAGAUAAGACCUCGAGUGGCGGAUUUUGGGUUGGCCAAGACAUUGCAGAGUGAGGCUGUCGAGGGUGAUUGUGUCAUGUCUCGCAUUGCUGGAUCUUAUGGUUACAUUGCUCCAGAAUAUGCUUACACCCUCAAAGUGACAGAAAAGAGUGAUGUGUACAGCUUUGGAGUGGUGUUACUGGAGUUGAUCACAGGCAAAAGGCCAAAUGAUUCUUUCUUUGGUGAAAACAAGGAUGUAGUGAGGUGGGUUACUGAGGUUACUUCAUCAGCAACAUCAUCACCCGAUGGAGGAAGUGAAAAUGGCAGCGGCAAUUGCUACAAAGAUCUAGGCCAGAUUAUAGAUUCAAAGUUGGACCAAUCCACAUGUGAUUAUGAAGAAAUUGAAAAGGUUCUGAACGUUGCUCUUCUUUGCACUUCGGCAUUUCCCAUUACCAGACCUUCAAUGAGAAGGGUAGUGGAAUUGCUCAGGGACCAGAAACUGGGUCGUUCCAAAUGACAUGUUUUCCAAGAAUUGAUAGCCAGAGGUUAUGUAGAUUUUGGGUUUGGUUUAGUUUUUGAUAUAGGUAUGCCAGUUUGUAAUGUUGGCCUAUUUAGGGGGUGUGGGUACCCAGCCAAAAUGGUGGCAAACAUGAAUGUGAUGAUAUGGCUAGCAAUUGAAAGCAGACUAAAAUUAGUCCUGCAAUGUUUGUGAUCCAUUUUCUUUCUGCAAGUAGAGUGUCUAAUUUAUGGCAUUUAUGAUAUAGAUAAUGACCCCUUGCCUCCAA